CGGCGCUUGCCCGGGUCGGGAUGGCGGCUCUGAGGAGUUGGCUGUCCCGGAGCGUCGCCUCCUUCCUCAGGUACAGACAGCGCGUGCCUGUUGCGGCCAAUUUGAAGAAGCGCUGUUUCUCGGAGCUGAUUCGACCUUGGCACAAAACGGUGGCCGUCGGAUUGGGUGUGACCUUGUGUGCGGUCCCUAUUGCACAGAAAUCGGAGCCACAUUCUCUCAGUAAUGAGGCCUUAAUGAGAAGGGCAGUGUCUUUGGUAACAGACAGCACCUCGACCUUUCUCUCGCAGACCACGUAUGCACUGAUUGAAGCCAUCACCGAGUACACAAAGGCUGUUUAUACCUUAAUUUCACUGUACCGACAAUACACCAAUUUACUGGGGAAAAUGAACUCACAGGAGGAAGAUGAAGUGUGGCAGGUGAUCAUAGGAGCCCGGGUUGAGAUGACUUCAAAACAACAAGAAUACCUUAAGUUGGAAACAACUUGGAUGACUGCAGUUGGGCUAUCAGAGAUGGCAGCUGAAGCUGCGUACCAAUCUGGAGCAGACCAGGCCUCCAUCACAGCCCGGAACCACAUCCAGCUGGUGAAGUCGCAGGUGCAGGAGGUGCGCCAGCUCUCCCAGAAGGCAGAGACCAAGCUGGCGGAGGCACAGACCGAGGAGCUGCGGCAGAAAGGCCAGGAGGCAGGGGGUGGUGAGGUGGUGGAGCCGGAGCCUGAGGCCUACCUGCGCGAGGACUGAGGGCGCUGCCAACACCACUGCAGAGCGUCUGUUGCCUGAGCGAAGCCGGGCUGAGUCAGCUGUUGGAGAGAAGCCUCAGUGCCAGCCCCUCCCCUGGGGUCUCCAGCCCAUCUGCCCCUGGUUCACAUUUCACCCCAUUCAACUGCCCUGGCUCCGGAAAGCAUCUCGCCAACCUGGCCACCAGUUUAGUAGCCAUUUAACCUGUUUUCAAUCUUAUUUGCGUUUUCAAAUAUGAUUUAGUAGCUGCUCCUCCAAAGGGCUGUGAAUGGGGGAAGUGAAGUGUUUCUAAGGCCACCUCUGAUUAGGCCCCACUGCCCCAAAGACAGUUCAGGGCAGCAGUGGCCUGUGCUGUGGACCUAGGGCUCCCACAGGACCCAGGCCACCACCUGCCUUUUCAAGUCUGUUGUAUCCAAGGGAAAGAAUUUUUUUGCAUUUGA